AUGCCAGACCGAUUCACUACCGCGCUGCAGGCAAACAAGGAGUGGGCUGCCAGAACUGCCCUGGAACAUCCGGACCUGUUCCCCACGCUUGCCAAUGGCCAGUCCCCCGAAAUUCUCUGGAUCGGCUGCUCCGAUUCUCGAUGCCCUGAGACGGUCGUUCUCGGACUAAAGCCUGGCGAUGUCUUUGUCCAUCGGAAUAUCGCCAAUAUCUUGCACGCCGGCGAUCUCAGCUCGAGUGCAGUCAUUGAAUAUGCCGUCCGUCAUCUGCGGGUCAACCACAUCGUGCUCUCCGGCCACACCAAGUGUGGUGGUAUCGCAGCUGCCCUUGGUAACAAGCAACUCGGUAUCCUGGAUCCCUGGCUGUUGCCUCUGCGCCAGAUCCGUGAGCAGAACCUUGCUGAGUUGCAGACAUUGUCACCGGAGGAUGCGACCGUCAGGAUGGCGGAGCUAAACGUCCGGGAAGGUGUCAAGUUAUUGAAGUCGAAGGCUGUAGUGCUUGAAGCGAUGCAAGAGCGGGGUCUCCAGGUUCACGGACUCAUUUAUGAUGUCGCCUGUGGUAUGCUCCGGGAUAUCGACACCAAGGACUCGGAGGAAGAGAUCAAGAGGAGACUAGUGGCCUUCAAGACAGAGGCUUAG